AUGGGCGGGAGCUCAGUGGAGGAGAGGCCUCAGCUGUGGGGGCGGGGCUUGUGGAGGGCGGGGCUCCGCGAUGGGCGGGAGCUCAGCGCAGGACAGGCCUCAGCUGUGGGGGCGGAGCUUGCGGGGCGGGGCUCCGGGGGCGGGGCUGGCGGCAGGUCAGAGGGCAGGCCCCGGGUGUGGACAUGGACACCGAGAGAGAGGCCUUGCUGCUCAGUGCCUACCCCGAAGUGCACCUUCUGCCAGAGGCAUGGCCUGGGCUUUGAGGUGGUUGAUCUGAGGUGGGGUGUUCGGGAAGCAGAUGUCUCGGACCACACCAUGACUGAACUCUGCCUGGAGGAACUCAGCCGAUGUCAGGAAACAUCCAUAGGGCCCACUUUCGUCGGCCUGCUGGGUGACCGCUACGGCCCGUGCCCUGUCCCAGGGCUGAUCGAGGAGCGGGAGUGGGAGGCGCUGGCGGCCUCCCUGCGCGCCCGGCCUCGGGACCUGGAGCUGGUGGCUCGCCGCUUCCAGAGGGACGAGAACACGGUGCCGCCCACCUACGUCCUGCAGGAGCCGGACGUGGGCGAGGCUCGGGGGCCCGAGGAGGCCUCGCUGGCCUCUGUCCUCCAGACCGGUGCGCUGGAGGCCCGGAGGCUGGGCCUCCUCAGCCAGGAGCAGUGGCAUCGCUACCAUCGGUCAGUCCUCGAGUGGGAGCUGGAAGUCGGGGUGCUGCGGCCCGGGGCGGCGGCACGGGGGGUCACCGUGUUCCUGCGGGAGAUCCGGGACGUCGACAAACACAUGCUGGACGAGUGUGCGCUCCUGGCGCUGGACCGCCUGCCCGACGGCUGCCCGGACACGGGGGCCCGGGGCCUCCUGCGGCGCCUCAAGGAACGCCUGGCGGAGGUGCACCCCGAAAUCCUCCAGGCCCACCCCUUGCCGUGGAGCCGGGACCUGCUGAACCCCAAGAACAAGGCCCACGCCCGCUACCUCCGGGGCCUGGGCGAGCAGUUCGUGGCCAGCACCCGUCACCAGAUCCUGGCGGGGCUGGCGGCGCGGGGCGCGGCGCCCCGGGACCAGGCCUGGCUCUUCGAGGAGCUGCGCACGGUCUCAGUCAUGGGUGGAAGCCACGGCUGUGGCUUCCCGGCCUGGGCAGAGCCGCCAUUUCCAGACUGCGACGAAGUAUCCAUCAGUGCUCAGCGCGUGGCAGCGGGCGCCACAGCUGCCGCUUCAGCCAGACACCGGGAGGUGUCAGUAAAGGGCUGGAAGGCGCUCAGGGCUGGUCCUGGUCAACGCACCCCAGAUUUUCUGUUGAACCUGUUGCAGGAGUGGUCUGGGUUCGGGCUGUCGGAGGCAGAGCUGAAGGAUGUGCUGUCCCUGGAUGACGCGCUGCUGUGCGAGGUGUACCGGGCCUGGACGCCGCCCAGCCGCCGGCUGCUGCGCUUCCCGCCCCUGCUCUGGGUGCGGCUGCGGAGGGAUCUGGGCCUCUGCCUGGCCCGGAGGCCCGCGCCCGCGGACGGCGGCCAGCUCCUCACCCUCGCCCACAGGCAGCUGGCUGAGGUGGUGAGCAUGCGCUACCUGCCGGGGCCCGAGAGAGCCCAGAGGCACAGCGUCCUGGCUGAUUUCUUUUCGGGUGCCUGGAGCCAGGGCGCCAAGAAGCUCAUCACCCUGCCGCUUGUGGGGGUACCCCUGAGCCUGGACCGCAAGGUGUCCCCGCAGCCGCUGUGGUUCUCGGACUCCGUGGCCAAUGAGCGGCGGCUGCAGGAGCUGCCCCGACACCUGCUGCUGGCGGGCCGCACGCGGGAGCUGCGUCAGGACGUGCUGGGGAACGUGAGCUGGCUGGCGUGCCGGGCGCUCUCGGGGGGUGCAGAGGCGCUGCUGGACGACUUGGACCUCUGCACCCAGCACCUCCGCUGCCCCGAGCUCGGCCUGAUCCGCGAGGCCGUGCGGCUGAGCCGCCCCGCGCUGGAGCUCCCAGGCACCGAGAAGAGCACGCUGUACACGGAGCUCCUGGCGCGCCUCCUUUUCUUCUCCAAGUCCCACCCCGCGCUGGUGGGGCAGCUGUGCCAGCAGGCCCAGAGCUGGCUCCGUGCGUGCCCGCACCCCGUGCUGGUGCCUCUGGCCGGCUUCUUGCAGCCCCCUGGAGGCCCCCUGCAGGCCACCCUCACCGGGUGCCACAAGGGCAUCACCGCCAUGGCGUGGAGCCAGGAGCAGCGGCUGCUGGUGCUUGGCACGCACGACGGUGUGGUGGCCGUGUGGCAGGUGGAAGAGGAGCGCCCGGUCCACUUCCUCCCCGCACACUCAGGCGAGGUGUGGUGCGUGCGGGUGUUCGCGCAGGGCACCCGCGCGGUCUCUGCCUCCACGGACCACACGCUGCGCCUGUGGGGUCUGCUGUCCGGCCAGCAGCAGCUCAGCAUCUGGGACGGAGGCUCAGCAAACUCCACCGAGCCCCAGACCCGGAGCCUCCACGUGGACGAAGCAAAGCAAGUCCUGUACUUGGCGUCGGGGUCAAAGGUCAGCGCGUGGGCGCUGGAGACGGCGGCGCUGCUGUUCCGUGUCCUGGGCGAGGCCUCGGACCCCUGGCUGUGCGCGGCCUGGCUGGCGGCCCCCUCGUGGCUGCUGACCGUGUCCCGGGCCUGCGUGGUCAGCGUGUGGAGCGCAGCCUCGGGCGCGCUCCAGGGCAAGCAGCGUCUGAGCAGCAUCCGGGGAGAGACCCCCACGUGCGCCGCACCCCUCCACAAGCAGGGCACCGUGGUCGCUGGCUUUAGCAACGGCUCUGUCGCCCUGAUUUCCUCGAAGGGAGACAGAUUGCUGGAGAAGCUUCCAGAAGCUGUGGGCUUGGUAGAGGUGUCGGAAGACGGAUCUCUCCUGGCUGCAGGUUUCGGGAAAUCUGUGCGGAUCUUUCUGGCUGACGCCCAGGGUUUCCAGCGACUCCUGGCGACCGACCUGCGACACGAGGACGCAGUUGAGACAGUUGUUUUCGGUCCUAAGAAUAACCUGAUUGUCACUGCAUCACGCGAUGCCCUCAUUCAGGUGUGGAGCCUCUCGGAACAGGGCGCGCUGCUGGGCCUCCUGGACGGUGUGGGGGCGCCACUGGGCGCGCUGGUCCGGGCAGGGGCGCUGGUGGUCGGGGCCUCGCGGUGGUCUUCCACCUUUAGGGCCUGGGAUGUCAGCCGGGCCCGCCAGCGCGGGGCCUGCACCCCCUUCCCGGACCGCACGGGGCUCACGGCCGUGUCUCACAACGGAAGCUACGUCUACUUCCCCGGAGUCGGCGAGAAAAACCAAGUCACCAUCUGGGACCUGGCGGAGGGUGAGGCGCGCGGCGCGCUGGACACGUCCAGUGAGGUCCGGUGUCUGGAGGUGGCCGAGCAAACCAAGCUCCUGUUCGCGGGGCUGGUUUCGGGGGCCGUGCUGGUGUUCCCCCUCGACUCCACGCAGGAUGUCCUGUGUAUCCCGCCCCCCGAGGCCCGGAAGGCCGUCAACUGCAUGGCGCUGAGCAAGGACGAGGAGCGGCUGGCCGUGGCCUACGACAACAUGGUCCUGGUGCUGGGCGUCGGGCCCGGGGACCCCUGCCCGGUCGUCGAUGGCCCCACGUUCACCUUCUACACCCAGCUCCCCGACACCAUCACCACCGUGGCCGUGCUGGCCGACUGCUGCGUGGCCUACGGCAUGACCCACGGCGGCCUCUUCCUGUACGAGUGUGCCAGUUCCAAGCUGUGCCCGCUGGAGGCCCACGCCAGUAGAGUCUCGUGCGUGGAGGUCAGCCACGGGGGGCAGCUGGCGGUCAGCGGCUCCGAGGAAGGCCUGCUGUGUCUGUGGGACUUGGGCACCUGCCAGUGCAAAGUGGAGAUGAGUUACAUGGGCUCCAUCAUCAGGGGUGUCCAGUGCGUGUGCUUCUCCCAAGAUGACAAGUACGUGUUCUCAGCCUGGAGGGACGGCUCAGUCCUCGUGUGGAGAGCACUGGAUGGCUCUCUGCUGACAGUCCAGUUCGUCCACGCCGUGGUGAACAGGAUCAUCCCCACGGCCAACGGUUUCCUGGCUCCCACCAGGCAGGGCCGGCUCAUCCGGGUGCGGUUCCAGUGCCCAGCAGCCAGCGCCUCGCCGCAGGAUGCCCUGCAGAACUUCCAGAAGGCCGUGUGGAUGGUGAAGACCAGGAGGAGAGAAGAGCUGGCGGCCGGUGCGGGAUCAGCCCAGGACCCCAGCUCAGAGGCCCCGGAGAAGGAAACAAACCCCAACAAGCGCUCACAAGUGUGCCUGCUGCUGUAG